UAUCCUCACCUAAAUUCGUCAAAAACUCCCAAAACCCCACUUCCAUUUCAGUUAAUUUCAUCUUCAUCACCAAAUAUCUUCUUUCCCUUCGUCAACUCUUAGUCAUAGUCCCUCCCCUUUUCGAUCACUUUAUUAAACUAACCACUUAUCACCAGUAUCGGUUAUAAACCCACACAAAAUCAGAUAAACAAAUUAGCCUCCGAACAGUUUUCUUUUUUUUUUUCCCCUUUUUUUAAGGGUGGAACAGAGUUUGAUUUGAUGAUCACGAGCUCUACCUUUCACGGGCACUAAGCCAUCUGUAGUCUCUUUCUUCACCCAACUAUCCUACGCUUUAUGUCUCGCCACGUCACCCUUCCACCACCAGCAUGAUCUCGUAAUGUGACUGGUCGUGGUUUCUUUAACUUGUUCUUCUGGGAGAGACGGGUUUUGCUUUCUUUGCUUUUUCUUGUGGGUUUUUUUGUUUUUGAAUUGGUGUAUUGAGUGAUGGAUCGAUCGGCGAUCACGGCGGGUCCCGGCAUGGACAUGCCGAUCAUGCAUGAUAGCGAUCGGUACGAGCUCGUUCGCGAUAUUGGGUCAGGGAAUUUUGGGGUUGCUAGGUUGAUGAGAGAUAAACAGACUGAUGAACUUGUUGCUGUUAAGUAUAUCGAGAGAGGUGAGAAGAUAGAUGAAAAUGUACAAAGGGAAAUUAUCAACCACAGGUCGCUAAGGCAUCCCAAUAUUGUCAGAUUUAAGGAGGUCAUCUUAACGCCAUCCCAUCUGGCUAUUGUGAUGGAAUAUGCGUCUGGAGGAGAGCUAUUUGAGCGCAUAUGCAAUGCAGGACGGUUUAGUGAGGAUGAGGCACGUUUUUUCUUCCAACAACUUAUAUCAGGAGUGAGCUACUGUCACUCAAUGCAAGUAUGCCAUCGUGACUUGAAAUUGGAGAACACAUUAUUGGAUGGAAGCCCAGCUCCUCGAUUGAAGAUUUGUGAUUUUGGUUACUCAAAGUCUUCGGUGCUACACUCACAACCAAAAUCAACGGUUGGCACUCCUGCAUACAUUGCCCCUGAAGUGUUACUUAAGAAAGAAUAUGAUGGGAAGAUUGCAGAUGUAUGGUCCUGUGGAGUAACCUUAUAUGUCAUGCUGGUGGGAGCAUAUCCUUUUGAGGACCCUGAGGAGCCAAAGAACUUCCGCAAGACAAUACACGUAAAUCAUUCCGUUUUAGCAACGAUUGAACGUAUUCUGAAUGUUCAGUACUCAAUUCCAGAUUAUGUUCAUAUAUCUCCUGAGUGCCGGCAUCUGAUCUCCAGGAUUUUUGUGGCUGAUCCUGCAAAGAGGAUAACUAUUCCUGAGAUUAGAAACCAUGAGUGGUUCUUAAAGAACCUUCCAGCUGAUCUCAUGGUCGAAAACACAACGAACAACCAGUUUGAAGAGCCUGAUCAGCCCAUGCAAAGCAAUGAUGAGAUCAUGCAAAUCAUUGCUGAAGCUACAAUUCCAGCUGCUGGAACACAGAGUCUCAACCAUUAUUUGACUGGUAGCCUUGACAUUGAUGACGAAAUGGAGGAGGACCUAGAAACUGAUCCUGAUCUCGACAUUGAUAGCAGCGGGGAGAUUGUGUAUGCUAUGUGAUUAUUGCAAGACCAAUGAGCGAGGAGGAAUAAUGAUAAACCAUAUGUUGAAUGAAUUUUCAUUUGUCUUGUGGGGAUCCAGUUACAUGGUUGUGAAGAUUUAAAAAACUUUUACUGUUGCUUAGAAAUAUCUAUCUUACAUGUUAGCCUGGAAUCCGCAUGUGGUGCAGUUGUUUUCAUCUUGCUUGUGCCAUUCACCUUUUUAGUGAAAUGAUGUUAUUUCCUGUAUUCUGUGUUUUGUGCCACUUUCAGGUGGCUUUACAUGUGCUAUAGUGUACACUUCAUACAAUAAUGUGUAAUAAAAUUGUUAGUCUUGUAUCUUUUUUU